UCUCUCUCUCUCUCUUUAUCUCCUUUAUAGAGAUAAGCAGCAAAUCGAGGAGACUUUGAGUAGAUGUUAUUUCGUCUGUUUAGCGUCACGUGGCUGUCUUUCGGUCCUUUUACGACAGCGGAGAAGGGUUUGAUUGAUUUUUCGGACGGAAGGGAGAGAGUAGAGUUUUGAUUCGGUUUAAAAAGAGUUUUUUGAAUCGAGGGGAAGGUUUGCGAACGAAAUGGCGGCCAGCGCGAGGAAGGUGAUCCUCGCCAUGUCCUUCUGCCUCGGAAUGGUCGCCGAGAUCUCCCUUUACGUCUCCCGAGGCAUCACUUCGCCAAAACCCCGCUACGAAAUGGCCCCCAGACCGACACAAGAUGUAACACACCAACAGCAUCUCCUUGGCGAAAACCAUGACGUAAAUAUGACAUUACAGGAAGAGAUACCAGAUGACCUCAAGACAGAGCCAGACCACGGCGUGGAUACCACGUCACUGAAGAAAAUAUUGGUCUGGAAUGAUCCUAUCUCCACAACCACCACCUCCCACAGCCUUAUCUUCAACAACCUCAAACUUCCACAGCUAUCUUCCGACACCUCCCUCCCAACACCUUAUCUUCCUCAACACCUCACUUCCCACAGGCUUAUCUUCCGACAUACCCAUUUCACAGCCUUAUUUCACAACUCACCUUCCAAGAACUUUAUUUCCAACAACUCACUUCAAGCAUCAUCUCCCUAA